AUGUCACCAGCACGAGCCCUCCAGGGCGCCAGCGACGGCCUCGCGUAUGACUAUGUUAUCUGCGGAGGUGGAACUUCAGGCUGUGUCAUAGCCGCCCGUCUUGCUGAGUCCUUUCCUCCCAAUGGCCCCUCAAUCCUCGUCAUCGAAGGCGGACCAGACUCCAAGGACCUCGAGCUCGUCUCAAGGGUCGGAGGACUCUUCGAGGCAAUGGGAGGUGAUCUGGAUUGGAACUUCGAGACAGUCCCACAGAAGCGCCUCAACAACCGAGUCAUCAACCUCGCGAGGGGCAAAUUCCUCGGGGGGAGCAGCGGCUUCAACGGAACGCUCUGCAUCCGGGGAUGCAAGGACGACUACGACGAAUGGAGGAUCCCAGGGUGGAAAGGGGAGGAUGUCUUCCAAGCGAUGAAGAAGGCAGAAUCCUUCCAUGGCAAGGAGUGGUUCAAGGCGGCCAAUGACGAACACGGGGUAGACGGGCCGCUGCAUACGGAGCCUCACGACGGCGCUCCCAUCUCUCACUUGAUCCUCGAGGCCAUGCAAGAACAAGGCAUGCCCCAGAUCGACGACAUGUUCACGACUGGCGAGUCCGCCCAGGGGUGUGGCCAUGUGCCUCGCACAGUUCAUCAAGGAGUCCGCACUUUCGCUGCAGAUUACCUCCGGAGGCACCAAGACAGAGUUGACAUCAUGACAAGCGCUAUUGUUGACAAAGUAAUCGUCGAGGAACGCUCAGGAAAACUUACCGCAACUGGCGUGGCAGUAGUGAAUACGUCUGGAACUUCAGCCACAAUCAAAGCUCGUCACGAAGUUAUCAUCUCUGCAGGUGCAUACUGUUCUCCCACGAUUCUCUUGCGUUCGGGUAUUGGGCCCGCCUGCGAGCUUGAUGCGCACAGCAUAACCUGCCGUGUAGACCUCCCCGGCGUCGGCAAGAACCUGCAAGACCAUCUCGUGGCCUUCGUCCCAUACGAAGUUACAACACCAAACCUUACCAAUGACGCGCACCUCUACCAUCCCGGCGGCGCCCAAGCCUCUCUCGCCAGCUACGCCGCCGACAAAUCUGGUGUCUUCUCCGCCUUUCCGUUCGGAGUAUUCGCAUUCGCCCGCCUCGAUGAACAACUUGGAUCCUCACCACUCUGGGCCAACGCACCCAAGCAUGACAACACCACCGCUGCCACUCCUCCCCGCGACCCCACAGGCCGCCUCCCCACGCAACCUCACAUCGAGCUCAUGCACACCGAGCUCUACAGCGGCCACAUCCACGGCCAACACCACAUCAUGUUCCCCACCCCCACCAACCCCGCCCGCCACGCCUUCGAGAUGAUGACCCUCCUCUUUGCCCAACAAUCCCACGGCACCGUCACGCUCCGCAGCCCCUCCCCCCACGAUCCACCGCUAAUCGACCCGGCCUACCUCUCCCACCCCCUCGACGCCCUCGCCCUCGCCGAAGGCGCCCGCCUCGCCCACCGCGUCGCCACGCACUCCGCCGCCCUAGCUCCACAUCUUUCCGGCCUCCUGCGACCCGUCCUGCCGGAGCGCUUCGCGAACUUGAGCGCCAGCGGCACCCAGCAGCCCGAGGAUAGCACGCAGGAACGAGAGGAGUGGAUCGCCUACGUCCGUGAAUACAGCGCCACGGGCCACCACCCAGCGGGCACGUGCCGUAUGGGCAAUGCCACCACCCCGGCAGAAGCGGCAGAAGCGGAAGAGGGCGAGGGUGAGGGCGUGGUCGUGGACCCCCGCCUGCGUGUGCUGGGCGUGACAGGCCUGCGCGUCGCGGACGUGAGCGUCAUGCCGAGGCUGAGCGGGGCGCAUACGCAGAUGGUGGCGUAUGCGGUGGGAGAGAAGGCGGCGGAGAUGAUCGUGCAGGAUUGGUGGGCGGCAAAGGGUCGAGGAGAAGAAGGAGAAGAGUGGUGA